AUGAAUUAAAAGCCUUAAAGUAGAAGUGCUUCUGCAAUCAUUACAGCAUUUACUUAAUAAUAGUAUAUAGAUUAUCUAAGCAUAAAGUUAGGAAAUCCAAUUACUAGAGGCAUAACGAGAAUUUGACGAGAUGACAAAAGAGAUGAUGCAAAGGAGGAAGAGGUUAUUGAAAUAGACUGGGAAAGAAGCGUAAAAUGAAAAAGUUGACACAUCAAAAGCAGAGAAAUUCAAAAAUAUGGUUCUUACUAUUAAUUAUUUUAGGAUGAACAUUCCAUACCGUUAACAGAAUUAGAGUAAAGACUAUAAACUUCGUUUAUUAAUGGGAUUUCUUCACAUCAAUUAGAUGAAAAAUUGAAGUAAUUUGGAAAAAACACUCUCACUUAGAAAGAAAAGACUCCAUGGUAUAUACAAUUAUUUCAUGAAUUGACUAAUGUAUUUGCAUUAUUGCUUUGGGCAGCAGCAGGACUGUGUUUUCUAGCAUAUGGCUUAACACCAGAAGAUCCCUCUAAUGUAAGAAUAUUCUUAUUAUUAUUUAGUUAUACCUUGGGAUAGUUCUAAUUGCAUGCAUUUUAAUAACAGCCCUUAUGACAUAUUUCUAAAAUAGGAAAUCUGAGGCCAUAAUGCAAGGAUUCGUGAAUUUUAUACCUCCUGAAACUAUAGUAAUACGAGAUGGGAAAUAAUAGAAGCUACCAGCAGUUGACUUAGUUCCAGGAGAUGUCGUAAUUAUAGAAUUUGGAAAAAAAAUACCUGCUGACAUCAGAAUUCUUGAGAGCAACUAAAUGAAAGUAGACAAUUCAAGUUUAACUGGAGAAUCACUCCUAUUGGUAAGAUCUCCAGAAUGCACUCAUGUAGAAAACCCAUUGGAAACAAAAAAUCUAGCAUUUUUUGGUACUUUAUGCAAAGAAGUAACUUAAAUUAUUAUUUAAAGGGUACUGGGAAAGGAGUGGUAAUUUUUACAGGAGAUAAAACAGUAAUUGGAUAAAUAGCAGGACUUGUUCAGAGUUCCAUUGUUGAUGAGACUCCAUUAAAAAAAGAACUUGAUGCGUUCACCGUAUAUAUAGCAUGUAUAGCCUUAUCUAUAGGAAUAUUAUUCUUUGUAUUAGGAUUUGCAGUAGGAUAUCGUAAUUAUUAUUAUAUAAUUUUUAGCUGCUAUAUAAAAUUUAAUUUUUGCAGUUGGUAUUAUUUCUGCAAAUGUGCCUGAAGGUUUAUUAGCAACUGUAGUUGUUGCUUUAUCUAUAACAGCAAAAAAGUUGGCUGGACUGAAGGUAUUAGUGAAAAAUCUUGAAGGUGUUGAAACUUUAGGAUCUACUUCAUGUAUUUGUUCAGAUAAAACUGGAACUUUAACAUAGAAUAAAAUGACUGUUGAAAAUCUUUGGUAUAAUGGUAAAAAAAUAAGAGGCCACAACAAAGAGAAGAUGGGGCCUACAUUUAAUUAUUAAUAUGAUGUCCAAGACCCAACAUUUAGGUUAUUACAUGAAACAGCAGUAAUUUGUUCUGAAGCUGUUUUUGAUGAUAGUUUACCUUAGAAUUUAAUGAUUAAGAUUAAUAAUUCAAUUGGGUUAUCAUAAGCUCAAAAAGAUUAAAAAAUGGAGGAAGCCAAAGCUUAAUGGGUGAAGGAUUUUAAAAAAUUAAGUUGUUAAGAAAAACCUACAAUUGGAGAUGCAUCAGAAACUGCACUUAUAAAGUUCUUUUAACCAAUUGAGGAUAUAUAAUAAACUAGGGCCAAUAAAAAAAUUGCAAAGGAUAAAAAUCAAUAAAUUGCUAGAAAACCUUUUAAUUCAACAAACAAAUUUGCAUGUAUCAUAAUAGAAGAUGAACAAGAAGAUUCUCACUUUACUUUAUUGACAAAGGGAGCACCUGAGAGGAUAUGGUAAUUAUGUGAUAGUAUAUAUUGUAAUGGAAAAGUUGAAAUUAUAGAUGAGAAAUGGUCAUCAGAAUUUGAUUUAAUAAAUGGAAAAUUUGGAAGACAAGGUGAAAGAGUAUUAGGAUUUUCAAGAAUUCCUUUACCUAAGUCUCAAUUUUCAAAAAAUUAUCAUUUUGAUUUAGACAAUUUUAACUUUCCGUUCAAAUAACAAACCUUUGUUGGUCUCAUCUCGUUGAUUGAUCCACCAAAGGAUUCAGUUCCAAAUGCUGUGUAAAAAUGCAAAUCUGCUGGUAUCUAAGUAAUUAUGGUCACAGGAGAUUAACCAGUUACUGCUGCUGCUAUAGCAAGAUAAUGUAACAUUAUAACAGAAAAGACUGUAAAUGAGAUAAUGGAAGAAAAGAACAUCUCAUUUGAAGAGGCCUUCCAUUAAUCAAAUGCUCUGGUAAUACAUGGUGAUAAAUUGACAAAAAUGGCCAUUGAUGAUGAAGGACUACCUGAAGAUGAAAAAGGCAGAUAAUUAUAAGAAUGGUUGAACAAACCACAACUUGUAUUUGCAAGAACUAGUCCUGCUCAAAAAUUAAUCAUUGUUAGUGGAUGUUAAAAGAGGGGUCAUAUUGUUGCCGUAACAGGAGAUGGCGUUAAUGAUAGUCCUGCUAUUAAAAAGGCAGAUAUUGGAAUUGCUAUGGGAAUUACAGGUUCAGAUGUUGCUAAAGAUGCUGCUGAUAUGAUAUUAUUAAAUGAUGAUUUCUCCAGUAUUGUUGUUGGAAUCUAAGAAGGAAGAAGAAUUUUCGAUAAUUUUAAAAAGGUUAUAGUAUAUUCAUUGACAUCCAAUAUUGCAGAGUUAAUUCCAUUUUUAGGAUUUAUUGUAUUUAGAUUACCAUUGCCACUCACUACCGUUCUCGUUUUGUGCAUCUAAGUAGGAACAGAUAUCUUUCCAUCGAUGGUUUUUGUAUUUGAGGAGGCUGAUCUAGACGUGAUGACAAGGAGACCUAGAAACAAGAAUGAACAUUUAGUCGGAGGGUAAUUGAUUACAUUUGCCUAUGCCUAAAAUGGAGUAUUAGAGACAUUUUGUGGAUUCUUUUAAUGGUAUGUUUCCUUCAAUGACUUUGGUUUUACUCCCACAUCUCUUUAUUUCUUAUUGAAUAAACAAGGAGUUCUUCCUAAAUACCAUGACAUCUAUAAUCCUAAGGAUCCAUGGUUUGGUAACUCUAACCUUAAAGAAUCUUACCCUAAUGGAACUUGCUAAGGAACUGAUCUAACAGGGUAAGAAGAUAUUGAUUGGAUCUAUCCAAAACAUGGGGCUCAUGAUUUAAGGAUGGUCCUACUCAAAUGUGAAAAUGGUAAAAUCGUUUCAAAUAUGGAAUGGGGAGAUUGUAACAUAGAUUUAAUAUCACCUGUUACAAAAAGACCUUAUUGUUAUCACACUGAAGCAUCAAGCUAUUCAUAGACUUCCUUCUUUUUUGGAGUUGUGUUAGGAUAAAUAUGUAACUAUUAAGCAUUAAGAUAACUCAAAGGAUCAGUAAUCUAUAAUGGUAACUUUUUAUUUCUAUACUUAGGAUUUGAUAAUGUUUUCAUGUACUUGGCCUAUUUUAUUGAAUUUUUGAUUACAUGGAGUCUGUCUUAUAUUGAAGUAUUUAAUACAGGAUUUGGAACAAGAGAUAUUUUGUUCAUUCAUUAUGGAAUUUGUGGCCUUCCAUUUGGUAUUGUCAUGAUCCUAUGGAAUGAAGGGAGAAAAGUUUGCGUAAUUUAAACAUAUUAAUCUUAGAUCCGUAUUUUCAAAUCAAAAACUGGAUUUCCAAGUUGGUGGGACAGGUGUGUUGUUUAUUGA